AUGAAUAGAAAGAAAUAUAUUUGGAAAUCAUGAUGAUAUUGAAAUUUAUUUUGAAACGAUUUAUCUGCAUUUUCAGUAAAUGUCACUAGAGCGGAAAUUGAAGUCAAUAAAGUCCUCACUAUGAAAGCAAAUCAAAAAAAUCCAAAAGUAUGUACUCAAGUUGUUAAUAUGCUAAAUGCUGAGGAAAAACAACAGAUUGAAGCGUUUUCGGGAGCGACUCGCUGUAAUUUUAAAGUUUCUAUACAAUCAAUAUUGAACGAUGAGCACUGCUAUACUAUGUCUAGCCAAUUGAUUAAAUGCUUUUUUGUGCUCACUUUUAGACUGCAUACAGGUAAUUCUUGUUGAAAGUGCUAUAGGUUUGAUGAGGCAGAUCUAGGAAUUGUGAUUUUACCAUUCCAGAUGCAGGCCCCAAUGAUGGCACCUCCAAUUGCUCCAGAGCAAUAG